UGUGUCACGACAGAGGAAGAACUCAGCUGUUGUUGUUGAUGUGGCUCACGGACGGAUGUGAAACAUGGUGUAAAAUAAACAAAUUAAAACAUUAAAUUGAGUGCAGGAAUACAGACAGACAACAUGUUCAAGAGCUGGACCUCGUGGCUGGGAGCGGAGUCCGUCAAUGAAGACAAACCGGAAGCGACAGAGGAGCAAAACAACACAGGUGAUCAGACAGAAGAUCAUACGCAACAGGCCCAAGGCCUCAGCGGCUUCAUUUUGAACUUUGCGAGUACUGCGACUAAAAAGAUCUCAGAGUCUGUGGUGGAGACAGCGCACACUAUUAAGAAAACGGUGGAGGAAAGCAACAUCGAUGGCAUCAUCGACAAGACCAUUCUGGGAGAUUUUCAAAAAGAACAGGAAAAAUUUGUCCUAGAGAAGAAUGCAAAGAAAACAGACACAGCGGUGCCGCCCUGGGUCGGAUACAACGAGGAGGAAACCAUCCAGCAGCAGAUUCUCGCAUUAUCAGCUGACAAGAGGAACUUUCUGCGUGACCCUCCGGCCGGCGUACAGUACCAUUUUGACUUCGAUCACAUGUUCCCCGUUGCCUUGGUGAUGUUACAGGAAGAUGAACUGCUCAACAGAAUGCGCUUUGACCUCGUCCCAAAACAGGUGAAGGAGGAUGUGUUCUGGAGGAAUUAUUUCUACCGUGUAUCUCUGAUAAAACAGUCGGCUCAGCUCACAGCAUUAGCAGCUCAGCAGCAGGCGGCAGAGAAAAGAGAAGAGACGGGAUCCACCCCGCUCAAAGACACCAGCUCAGAGUCCACUAUUAGACCAAAAACACCUCCUGUGGCCAUCAACACUAAACCCAAAUCUAAUGAGCAGGAAGAAGAGGAGAUCUCCACCAGUCCUGGAGUUUCAGAGUUUGUGAGUGACGCGUUUGACACCUGUGACAUCAACCAGGAGGACCUGAGGAAAGAGAUGGAGCAGCUGGUGCUCGAUAAAGACAAGCGCUCCCCACAGGACGAUGAGACAGCAGAUUGGGAGAAGGAGCUCCAGCAGGAGCUGCAGGAAUACGAGGUGGUCGUCGACCCUGAAAAUCGAGACGAUAACUGGGACCGUGAGAUUGAGGAAAUGCUGCAGGCAGAUUAAAAAACGUGAUAGCGCCCACGGUGUGGAGGAUUCACUGACACGCUGCCGAGCGUGAAUGAAGGACCAGCGAGAAAUUCUGCACAUUCAUUCGGGACAGUUUUGAGGGCCAACAUCUCAACGCUGGCUGCAAACAUGAUCUACUCUUUCAUAAAUCUGAAUGAGCAGAGUUAUCAUGAUAUCCAAUACGGAAGUUUUCUGCUUCAAAUAAACAAGAAUGAAGCGUGAUUAUUUAGCGGUAGAGGGCUUCUGUGGCCUGCCAACAGUCACUAAAGAACCUUUGAAUCGGUUUAUCUUUCCUUUCCUACCCUUCCAUAAAUACCCAUUCAGGUAUAAAAGAAAAUCAGCAGUUAUAAUAUUAUUUUCAGCUGUAAGCAAAUACACAGAGUCUAUAUAAACCUGUUUCUAUUUCUCUGUAGGCCUCAAAUGUUUGAUUAAAUGUUUCUUUACUCUCA